AUGAAUGGGAUAGCUGGUAGCACUUCGCCGCGAGAACCUCUCUUCGUACGCGCCCUUUACUCUUAUGAUGCCGACGACCGGACGAGCCUUAGCUUCCAGCAAGGUGAGAUCAUCCAGGUGAUCACACAGCUUGAGAGUGGAUGGUGGGAUGGCGUGUUGGAUGGCGUACGUGGCUGGUUUCCUAGCAACUACUGCGCAGUGGUGAACGCGCCCUACGAUGAUGGCAGUGGAGGGCAUGGAAUCGCGGGAGAUUCGGAAACGGAGGAGUCGGAGGAUGAGUAUGGCGAGCAUGACCUAGACCAUACCGCAAAUGGCAUCCCGGCGCGACAAAGCGGCUUGGUCACGAAUAGUCAAGAGGAGGCAGCUUUCUGGAUACCGCAAGCUACACCGGACGGGAGACUGUUCUACUUCAACACUCUCACGGGUGAAAGCACCAUGGAGCUCCCGCUUGAGGCGCCGACAUCUGCGAACGAGACAGGACCGCGAGAUCGAACCCAUGUGUAUAUUCCGGACCAGACCAGGCCGCCUGCCGAGCUAAUGGUGGCUGGCUACGAGCGGGAUGAUGAUACGGACUAUGCGUCCGCCUCUGAGGCUGAAGAUGCGUCAAUGAUGCGAGAUUCAAAAAGCUCAGGCCCACGGCGACGCCGCUCGUUACUUUCAGAGGGCGUGUCGCCCGCAACAUCAAUGGAUUCUCUGCAUUAUGCAUCAUUGUUGACGCGGUCCCAGACCAAUUUGACAGAGACGAGUGCUUCAAUGUCCUUUUCCGCCAUGCAGCAGGGUAUACCGCCUAUUGGUACAACUAUGAGCUCUUUUGCAAACGCUCCUGCUGGACUCUCCGCGACUUCGCUACUGUCAAGACGAUUCUUUGACGACGCCCAAGCAGUGCCUCUGACGUGGAAUACUAUAGUCGAGGACAUGCGACGUGCGGUGCAGAGGUAUCGCGAAGUGAUCACUAAUGGCGAGCGGUCAGAGUUUGUUCGUAGAGCCGAAGACAUCUCCGAUCAUCUUCGCCUGCUUCUUGCUGCAGGCUCCGGUACGACAGACAACCACUCUGGCAAUCCUUCCAUCAUCUCGACUAACAAAGCACUCUAUCCACAUUUCAGAGAGAUGAUGUCUCGCUUCUCAAAGUUGGUGCUUUCAUCCCACAUCGCCGCGGCGGACUGGCCGGCACCGGAUUCAUACCAAAAGUGUUUGCAGGAAGCCGAAGGUCUAAUUCACGGUGUCUACGGCUUUGUCGAAGUGGCACGACAGCAGCGUGGCGAAGAGAUUUCGCGGCUCACGCCAGGAUUCAUUGGUGGAAGUCGGUCAGCGGGCAACUGGCAGACGAACGGGCUGACACCCCGAGACCCUUUGAGUUCGAUGUCAUUUAUGGACGACGAAACGGACGCGUUGAAUGAACCAACUGCUCAGCUGGAUCAAGCACUUCUGGAGCGCAUGGAAGACCUCAAGCGACUGAUAGUAUCGAGCAUACGGCGCUUAGAUGAGCAUCUUGUUCUGCGUGAGAAGCUCAUCACGCCCACACGACACCGCCGAAUCGGAGAUGCGAUCUGCAAAUGCGGAAGCCAGGUGGUAGAAGUCUGCCGGCCUUACUUCUCCGCCGUCGAGUCAGUGGACCUGGCACCGGUUGGAUCAAGCUUGAACAGUCCGCAAUUGAACGACUUCGCCGACCACAAGCAGAAGCUCUACGAUACGACUGCGGAUCUAGUCAUAGCCUGCCAAGCAGUGAGUAGUCCAUUGGCGGAUGAAUGGGCUGAAGUUCGUGGUCCUUCGCUAGAAGAGCGGCUGAGCCGCGUGCGGACUGCUGGACGUGAUCUCGACACGGCUGCUAAUCAGGUAUGGUUCUCGCUACAACUGCUCUGUGGCCUCCUUCCGCAAGAUGAUGCACCGAGCAAGGUUUCGCAUCGCUUGACAGACGGUGGCGCGUCAUAUGAGCAACAUGUGCGCCAGAAUUCGCGGAAUUUGCGUCCUAAUGCACUAGGAGAUAUUGGCCAAUCUAAAUCGUAUGCGGAAGGGCUACCGAUCGAGCAUUCUGCCGAUAUUAAGCGGAACGGAGACAACUCGAAGGUUAAGCGCUUCUUCGGCGAGGUUCCGGCGCCGAUAUCGACGGGCAGAGAUUCUGAGGAGACACCCGAAUUCUUGAAGCUUGACCAUGAAGGGGAAAUUCAGUACGACCUGAAGGCCAACCCUCCACAGCUGCGCGGUGGUACUCUGACCGGCUUGGUCGAGCAGCUUACGCGGCACGAUCGUCUAGAGUCGCAGUUCAACAACACCUUCUUGCUAACGUAUCGGUCUUUCACCAGUGCUCCAGAGUUAUUCGAGAUGCUAGUCAAGCGAUGGAGCAUACAGCCACCUGGUGGCUUGAGCGACCAGGAAUUUCAGACCUGGGUGGACAAGAAGCAGAAGCCUAUACGAUUCCGAGUGGUCAACAUCCUCAAGUCCUGGUUCGAUAUCUAUUGGAUGGAAGGCAACGACGAAGACAGCCAGCAGCUCAUGCAGAGAGUUUACGACUUCGCGAAAAGCGCCGUGCAGUUAACAGCAACGCCAGGAGCUGGCCCGUUGAUAACUGCCAUCGAGCAGAGAAUGCGCGGACAGGAUGCUUCGAGCAAGCGACUGGUGCUCACAAUGAGCUCACAAGCACCCCCGCCUAUCGUUCCAAAGAACAUGAAGAAGUUGAAGUUUCUCGAUAUUGACGCUCUCGAAUUUGCACGACAAUUAACGAUCAUUGAGUCAAAGCUGUACGGUAAAAUCAAACCUACCGAGUGCUUAAACAAGACAUGGCAGAAGAAGCUUGCAGAGGGCGAGCAGGAUCCGGCGGAGAAUGUCAAGGCACUGAUCCUACAUUCGAACCAGCUCACCAAUUGGGUGGCUCAGAUGAUACUAACGCAGGCAGAUGUAAAGCGCAGAGUGGUGGUUAUCAAGCACUUCGUCACCAUCGCGGAUAAGUGCAGAACUCUCAACAACUUCUCGUGCUUAACAUCUAUCAUCUCUGCACUCGGAUCGGCGCCUAUCCAUCGCCUUAGCCGCACAUGGGGCCAUGUCAAUGCUCGAACCACUCAAAGCCUCGAGUCUAUGCGGAAGCUCAUGGGCAGCACGAAGAACUUCCUCGAGUACCGAGAAGCCUUGCACAAAGCCGAUCCGCCUUGCAUUCCUUUCCUGGGCACCUACCUCACGGAUCUCACGUUCAUCGAAGACGGCAUCCCGUCGGUCAUCAAGAAGACGCAGCUUAUCAACUUCGCGAAGAGAGCGAAGACGGCCGAGGUGAUCCGCGACAUUCAGCAGUACCAGAACGUGCCAUACGGUCUACAGGCGGUUGCGGAGCUCCAAGAAUACAUUCUGAGAAACAUGCAAAGUGCGGGAGAUGUGCAUGAGAUGUAUGAGCGCAGCUUGCAGGUCGAGCCGAGGGAGAGGGAGGAUGAGAAGAUUGCGAGGUUGUUGUCGGAAUCUGGUUUCCUAUAG